AUAAAAGAUGCCAUUUGGCCAACUUUCCCUUACUUUAUUCCCAUUUACCAGUCAUUUGCAUCAACCUAUCCACCAAAAUCCCAUUUCACAAUCACAGGAAAAAAACACACACACAGUAGCAUUGUUUGAUCAAAUAUGCAUAACAGUACAUCAUCAUCAUCACUAGGUCCAGGUGGUCUAGACCUAUCCCAAGUAUUCUUCAAACCAAUUUCCAACACACAUCAACCAUCACAAACUAACCACAAAACAAAGAUCUCAGUGAUUGGUGUGGGCAAUGUUGGCAUGGCCAUUGCCCAAACAAUCCUUACACAGGAUCUCGUCGACGAGCUAGCACUCGUCGACGCGAAACCUGAUAAGUUACGCGGCGAGAUGCUGGAUCUCCAGCAUGCCGCCGCGUUCUUACCCCGGACGAAGAUAGUCGCUUCUGUCAACUAUUCAGUUACGUCCGGGUCGGAUCUGUGUAUUGUUACUGCAGGUGCAAGGCAGAAUCCGGGGGAGAGUAGGUUGAAUUUGCUUCAGAGAAAUUUGGCUAUGUAUAAAGGUA